AUGGGGGGUGCCCCUGCUGGUCCUGCAGGAACAGGCAAAACAGAAACUACCAAAGAUAUGGGACGGUGCCUUGGGAAAUACGUCGUGGUUUUCAAUUGUUCAGAUCAGAUGGAUUUCCGAGGACUUGGACGGAUUUUUAAAGGACUGGCACAGUCUGGAUCCUGGGGUUGUUUUGAUGAAUUUAACCGUAUUGAUCUACCAGUUCUCUCCGUCGCAGCCCAGCAGAUUUCCAUUAUUCUGACAUGUAAAAAGGAGCGUAAAAAAUCUUUUAUUUUUACUGAUGGAGAUAAUGUAACUAUGAACCCUGAAUUUGGGCUUUUUCUAACCAUGAAUCCUGGCUACGCUGGGCGGCAGGAACUCCCUGAAAACUUGAAGAUUAACUUCCGCUCCGUGGCCAUGAUGGUCCCUGACCGGCAGAUCAUCAUCAGGGUGAAGCUGGCCAGUUGUGGCUUCAUUGACAACAUUGUUUUGGCCAGGAAGUUUUUCACACUCUACAAGUUGUGUGAGGAGCAGCUUUCUAAGCAGGUACAUUAUGACUUUGGUCUGCGUAAUAUUCUGUCAGUUCUGCGAACCCUGGGAGCAGCCAAAAGAGCCAGCCCCACGGAUACGGAGUCCACGAUCGUCAUGCGUGUGCUGCGAGAUAUGAAUCUUUCCAAACUGAUUGAUGAGGAUGAACCUUUGUUUUUGAGUUUGAUUGAAGAUCUCUUCCCAAAUAUUCUUCUGGACAAGGCGGGUUACCCUGAACUGGAAACGGCAAUUAGUAGACAGGUUGAAGAAGCUGGUUUAAUCAACCAUCCUCCUUGGAAAUUGAAAGUCAUCCAGCUGUUUGAAACCCAGAGAGUGCGGCAUGGAAUGAUGACCCUAGGGCCAAGUGGAGCUGGGAAGACCACUUGCAUCCACACCUUGAUGAAAGCCCUGACAGAAGCUGAAAUUCUUCGUCAGCUGUACACCAAGUCGUUUCCAGACCUGUAUCGCUUCAGUAUUCAGAACUUAGAGCAUCAGAUGGAGAUGCUGGAGGCCUUUGUGGUCCUGCAAAGCCUCAACAUGCUCCAGGGCCUCAUCCCUCCCAAGGAGCAAGGCGGGGAGGUCACGGCGGAGCACCUGGAAAGACUGUACAUCUUCUCGCUGAUGUGGAGCGUGGGGGCGGUGCUGGAACCGGACGGCCGGCGCCGCAUGGAGCAUUGGCUGCGCUCCCGGGAGAUGCUGGCCUUGGACCUGCCGCCCCUCGCGGGGCCUGACGACUCCAUGUUUGACUAUCACGUUGGGUCGGAUGGCAAAUGGAUGCACUGGAAUACGUGUACUGAGGAAUAUGUCUAUCCAUCUGACACCACCCCAGAAUAUGGCUCCAUCCUGGUGCCAAAUGUUGACAACGUGAGAACCAACUUCCUAAUUAAAACCAUUGCUAAACAGGGCAAGGCUGUGCUGUUAAUUGGUGAACAAGGAACAGCCAAGACAGUCAUAAUCAAAGGAUUUAUGUCAAAAUAUGAUCCUGAAAGCCACGUGAUCAAGAGUCUGAACUUUUCUUCUGCAACCACCCCACUGAUGUUUCAGAGGACAGUAGAGAGCUAUGUGGAUAAACGCAUGGGCACCACAUACGGCCCUCCAGCAGGGAAGAAGAUGACUGUCUUCAUUGAUGAUGUGAAUAUGCCAAUAAUCAAUGAGUGGGGAGAUCAGGUUACUAAUGAGAUAGUACGACAGCUACUGGAACAGAAUGGAUUUUAUAAUCUGGAGAAGCCUGGGGAGUUUACCAGCAUUGUGGACAUCCAGUUUUUAGCAGCUAUGAUCCAUCCUGGGGGCGGACGCAAUGAUAUACCGCAGCGACUCAAGAGGCAGUUCUCGAUAUUUAACUGCACGCUACCCUCUGAUGUUUCCGUGGACAAGAUCUUUGGUAAAAUGAAUAGGACAGUAGAGAGCUAUGUGGAUAAACGCAUGGGCACCACAUACGGCCCUCCAGCAGGGAAGAAGAUGACUGUCUUCAUUGAUGAUGUGAAUAUGCCAAUAAUCAAUGAGUGGGGAGAUCAGGUUACUAAUGAGAUAGUACGACAGCUACUGGAACAGAAUGGAUUUUAUAAUCUGGAGAAGCCUGGGGAGUUUACCAGCAUUGUGGACAUCCAGUUUUUAGCAGCUAUGAUCCAUCCUGGGGGCGGACGCAAUGAUAUACCGCAGCGACUCAAGAGGCAGUUCUCGAUAUUUAACUGCACGCUACCCUCUGAUGUUUCCGUGGACAAGAUCUUUGGUGUGAUUGGGGUAGGAUAUUACUGUACCCAGAGGGGUUUCUCAGAAGAAGUCAGAGAUUGGGUGGCGAAGUUGGUGCCCCUGACACGCCGACUAUGGCAAAUGACUAAGAUUAAAAUGCUCCCGACUCCUGCAAAAUUCCAUUACGUUUUUAACCUUCGAGAUCUUUCUAGGAUCUGGCAGGGAAUGCUGAACACUACUCCAGAGGUUAUCAAGGAACCAGACGAACUGUUAAGGCUGUGGAAGCAUGAGUGUAAACGUGUUAUCGCUGAUCGUUUCACGGCAUCUGACGAUGUGACCUGGUUUGAUAGGACUUUAGUCAGCUUGGUGGAGGAGGAGUUUGGUGAAGAGAAAAAACUCCUGGUGGAUUGCGGAAUUGAGACUUACUUUGUGGAUUUCUUGAGGGAUGCACCUGAAGCUACAGGUGAAACAUCUGAGGAGGCUGAUGCUGAGAUGCCCAAAAUUUAUGAGCCCGUUGAAUCUUUUGAUCACCUGAAGGAUCGUUUGAAUAUGUUCCUGCAGCUCUAUAACGAGAGCAUCCGCGGUGCGGGCAUGGACCUGGUGUUCUUUGCAGAUGCCAUGGUUCACUUAGUCAAGAUCUCACGAGUCAUUCGUACUCCCCGGGGAAAUGCCCUCCUGGUUGGGGUGGGCGGAUCGGGGAAGCAGAGCUUAACAAGGUUGGCUUCAUUCAUCGCCGGCUACACUUCCUUCCAGAUCACUCUGACAAGGUAA